CGCUCCCGCCCCCUGAUGACGCAACCGGAAGUGGCCGACCUGCGGAGGCGGAAGCGAUGGAGCCGGCCAAGAUGGCGUCCCCCAAGAGCGCUCCAAAAGACGCGCAGGUGAUGGCGCAGAUCCUGAAGGAUAUGGGCAUCACGGAGUACGAGCCGCGCGUCAUCAACCAGAUGCUGGAGUUCGCCUACAGGUACGUGACCACGAUCCUGGAGGACGCGAAGAUUUACUCCAGCCACGCCAAGAAGUCCAGCGUGGACGCGGACGACGUGAGGUUGGCGAUCCAGUGCCGCACCGAUCAGUCCUUCACGUCCCCGCCGCCCCGCGAUUUCCUGUUGGACAUCGCCAGGCAGAAGAACCAGACGCCGCUGCCGCUGAUCAAACCUUACUCCGGGCCCAGGCUGCCCCCUGACAGAUACUGCCUGACGGCGCCCAACUACCGCCUGAAGUCCCUGCAGAAGAAGGUGGCCUCCUCUGCAGGAAGGAUCACAGUCCCUCGCCUGAGCGUCGGAGCUGUGAGCAGCAGGCCCAGCACACCCACCUUAGGAACACCUUCAGCACAAACAGUGUCUGUUUCAACAAAAGUGGGCACUCCGGUGUCGCUCACGGGGCAGAGGUUCACUGUGCAGAUCCCCUCUUCUCAGGCAGCAGUCAAGACAGCCACACCAACUACUCCAACAGUUCAGAAUGUGCUAAUUAAUCCAUCAUUAAUUGGACCAAAGAACAUUCUUAUUACUACAAAUAUGGUAUCAUCACAGAAUGCAGCGAAUGAAUCGAAUCCCUUGAAAAGGAAGCACGAGGAUGAUGAUGAUUAUGAUAAUUUGUGAGGAAGCUGCCCCAUCCCUCCUGUUCUUCAGUGAUUCAUAUUGAGUCUGAAAGGGUAUUUUCCCCCCAGGUGUUCUUUGUAAGCUACUCAAUAGCAUGUCAGGACUCUGUUAGUAUGCAGUUGGGUAUACAGAUGGUUGAACAACUGUGGAAGAAUUACAAAGCAAUUUGCAUUUUCAUCUGGUCUUUGAAGGCUUUUGGACUUUACAGCAGUGGUGACUGUCACAGAGGAGUGCAGCCCUCACAUCUCUUCUUUUGCCUUGUUUCACACAGAAAAGAGUCCUUCUCCCUGCAGCUUGGUGAGCUGAAUGCUCAAAGUGCUGUUCUGUGCCAAAACCCCCACAACUUUUAGAGAAUGGGGUGAUAUAGAAUACAACAGCUAAUUCAUUUCAUAUCAAAUAAUAAAAAAUCAAGUCUUGGA